AAAAAAUUCAUAAUUUAGAGGAUAGGGACACAUGAAUUUGAGUCUUUCUACUUGAGGGGUACAAAACCUUAUCUAGUAAUCCACAACUUCAUCUUGCUUAUCCUCUCCCAUUUCUUUAUCUCUUUCUCAUUCAAUUUUGAUGUUUUAAAUCUAACACUAUCUUCUUCUGUUGUACCAAUGUCUUCUUUCAUAUGUCACCAUUACUGUUCUUCUCUUUGCACCUCCAAAAAUGCUCUUACUAACAACCCAACUACCCCCUCUCUUAUGGGUUUCUCCAAUUUUGGCAAUAUAACUCGAUUUAGGCACUUGGGUCCUCGAUGUUUUUCUAAAAUUCAUCGACAAAUUCACCCAAAUGAGGAACAAAAAAAGAAGCCAUUUUCGAUUAAGGAAUGUGCAAUUUCAUUAACAUUAGCAUUAGGGUUAAUUACUGGAAUGCCUGCUUUGAAUUGGCAAAAUGAUGCCCAAGCAGUUAGUUCUCCUGCUCCUGCAUUACCGGAACUAGCAGUGCUAAUAUCUGGUCCACCAAUCAAGGAUCCUGAAGCGCUGUUGAGAUAUGCAUUACCCAUUAAUAAUAAGGCCAUUAGAGAAGUUCAGAAACCGCUUGAAGACAUCACCGAAAGCCUUAAGGUUGCGGGUCUCAAAGCUCUUGAUUCUGUUGAGAGAAAUCUGAAGCAGGCAUCUCAAGCACUCAAGAAUGGCAAAAGUUUAAUCAUUUCAGGACUUGCUGAAUCAAAAAAGGAACAUGGUGUAGAAUUGCUCGGCAAGCUAGAAGCGGGAAUGGAUGAGCUUCAACAAAUUGUUGAGGACAAUAAUAGGGAUGGGGUAGCUCCUAAACAAAGAGAAUUGCUUCGAUAUGUUGGUGGUGUUGAAGAGGACAUGGUGGAUGGCUUCCCAUAUGAAGUGCCAGAAGAAUACCGGACUAUGCCGCUUCUAAAGGGAAGAGCAGCCGUUGAUAUGAAAGUCAAGGUGAAGGACAACCCAAAUCUCGAGGAAUGUGUUUUCCGCAUUGUUCUUGAUGGUUAUAACGCUCCUGUAACUGCUGGCAAUUUUGUCGAUUUGGUGGAAAGGCACUUUUAUGACGGCAUGGAGAUUCAGAGAGCUGAUGGCUUUGUUGUGCAAACUGGAGACCCUGAAGGUCCUGCUGAGGGUUUCAUUGAUCCCAGUACCGAAAAACCUCGCACAAUCCCAUUGGAAAUCAUGGCGGAAGGAGAAAAAGUUCCUUUUUAUGGUGAAACUUUAGAAGAACUUGGCUUAUACAAGGCUCAGACAAAGCUUCCAUUUAACGCCUUCGGUACAAUGGCCAUGGCUAGAGAGGAAUUCGAGAACAAUUCAGCUUCGAGUCAAAUAUUUUGGUUGUUGAAAGAAAGUGAGCUGACCCCGAGUAAUGCCAAUAUAUUAGAUGGACGAUAUGCUGUGUUUGGCUACGUAACUGAAAACGAAGAUUUUUUAGCAGAUCUCAAGGUGGGCGAUGUUAUAGAGUCGAUGCAAGUGGUGUUUGGCCUUGAUAACCUUGUCAAUCCAACCUACAAAAUCUCCGGCUAGAUACUCUUGAUUCUUUUAUAUUGUAUAAUGACUACGAUUUCAUUACGAACGAACUUGGAUUGUUCCAAAAAUGUUCAUCUACUUAGGUGGGAUUUCAAUUUAUUGUGAAUUCUGAUUAGAAAUAUAAUUACAUUCCAAUUUGUCUAUAAAA